AUUUCACACUACAAAGACACACAAACACGCCCAUUAAGUCAGUUUAACACUUACUUCAUAGCUACUGAGGCAUUCAUAGCGUUCACACCCUGAGACAUAUCAGAAGAGAGGAAGCAGUGUGACAGAAAUGCAGGCAUCAACUACAGAGCAAGUUGCUGUAACAGGAACCUCUGGUCUGGGUUCUGAAGCCCGUAAUGACUCAACCUUCCUGGACUCCGAGUUUCGUUAUGUCCUCUUCCCAGUUGUCUAUGGUAUCAUCUUCAUCCUGGGCCUCUUUGCUAACCUCUACGUACUGUUCGUCCUGCGCUGCCUCCGUGAAGCCAAGGCCAUGGGCGAAAUCCGUAUCUACAUGACUAACUUGACCAUCGCUGAUCUCCUUUUUGUGUGUGCCCUUCCCUUUUGGAUUGGCUAUUACAGUCGCCAUGGUAACUGGGCCUACACCGAUUUCAUGUGCCGGCUGACUGGCUCAUUGUUCUUCAUCAACACCUACUGCUCCAUCCUCUUCCUCGGAGCCAUCAGCGUCAACCGAUUCUGGGCAGUCACCCGACCUCUGGAUGCGGCCUCUUCAGACCACAGGCGUCGUGGGAUCAUUGUGUGCGUUGUCAUCUGGGCGUUGACCAUGUCAAUGGCUAUUCCAUUUCUGGCAUUUCCAGGGACCAACACUGACGAGAACAACAUCACUCGCUGUUUCGAGGGGUACCAGAAUCAAACUGAUCUGCAGAAGAAAACUGUGGCUGGCACUCAUUUUACAAUAAUUGGAAUGUUUUUUCUUGUCUUUUUUCUUGUCGUGGUGUGUAAUUUCCUCAUUGCUCGAGCGUUACUUUCUCAAAGUCCUCAGUCUCACUCAGAAUUCAGGUCUGCAACAAUUAUAUCUAGAAAGUCCAACAGGACCAUGCCCUCCUCAACUAAAAGGCCCAGGGGGGUGAAACGGAGAGCUCUGCAGAUGUUGUUGGCAGUAGUGGGAGUGUUUGUUCUGUGUUUCCUGCCCCACCAUGUAAUACAAGGCCCCUGGACACUGGCGGUGUUGCAGAUCAAAGAGGGCUGGGGCCACGUAGAGUGGGACCAGAAGACACUUCAGGUGCUCAAUGACGCACAUCAGAUCACCUUGGUUCUUAUGGGCCUCAACUGCAUUUUGGAUCCUGUAGUUUAUUGUUUCGCCACAAGGAAGUUUAGAAGGUUUAUCAUGGCCCAUGUUAAAAAGUUAGGAAAGGGAGACGGGUGCUCACAGACGCUCACCUCACAGAUCUCCAUGGACAGCAGGAAUCAGAGCCAGAGACUCCAGAGUGAGCACCAAGAGCCCGAAAUGGACUGAUUUAAAUGUAUAAUAUUUGUAUAAAAAUGUAGUUAACUGUUGUGUGUGAAAGAAUUCUCUUAUGUUGCCACUGAAAAAAGAUCACAUAACAUUCAGUAUUUUGUCUAUGUAAUUUAGUGUUGGUGACAUCACACCCUCAGAAUCUUUUUUAAGACACUUUAAUGCUGUCUCAUACAUGUCUUGACAUUUGAUCCCCACAAACUGCAGGAACUGCGGUCUGAAUUGCACCAGUCCUUCUUCUUUUCCUGUGUGAAGUUCAAGCUGAAAAGCAGACGUUUUGCCUGACCAUAUAUUUUUUAGUUUUUAAGAGAACUUCUCAAAAGAUUACACACACUCUUCAAAUUAGUAGGCAUCCUCGCCAUUGCUAACAUUACAUCAGUAAAAUAUGUGAUGAUGAGAUUGUUAACUCCCAUCAGAUAAGUUAGAAGUUAUUUUUAGCUUUGCCUGGACAAGUUAUAUCUGGUAUUGUGAACACAGGGAACAGAAGUAAUAAUGCUUGAGCUAUGUUUCCCCUCUGGCAUCCAGGACUGUGACACAUGUCUCAUUGUAGAAAAUCCCAUGAUUCACUGUGACAAAGAAAGCCAGUGCUUAUUAUUAUUCAGCUAUCUGCUGUAUAUGUACUAUACUAUAUUUUUUAUAUACUGCGAGCUUACUUGCUGUUAUUAAGGGGAACAGCUUUUGUUAUCUUGUAUUGUAAUAAAAUGUAUUACUCCAUAUAA